ACGCUUUUGCUGUCCAUCCGACGUGGCUGGAUUAAUAUUCAGCUUUUACGGAUAAGCUACACAAUUCCGCGGGCAUAAUAGAAUACAUUUAAUCAGAUGCACAACCUAACCGUUUUAUUCUUUUCAUAGAUCCUAAACGUCAUUAAACUGCACUUCCAUGGCUGAUAGAAGGAAGGGAGAAGAAUACAUUAUCACUCCUGAAGAAAAAGAAUUAUACAAUCAGAAUGGAUACGUGCAUCUCAAGGGCAAAAACUAGGGCUUUUACAAAAGGGGACAUUACAUUGAAGAUACAAGGGAGUCUUGUCAGAGGAGGAACUUAGUGACUUGGAAAAGGAAUUUAUGGCAUUUAUCACCCGCGAGGUUCCUGUUGAAGGGAAGGACUUCUGUGACAUGUCAGCAGAUUAUUCAAAGCCUAUUGAAGACUUUUCAAUAAUUAAUAUUAUGCUUCCAUCAAGGUAUAAACCAUCUUUGAAAAAUAAUAUAUAUGAAAGAAGAGCAGCAUCUAUAUCGAAGCAGCUCUUGGGACAUGAUAUGCAGUGUGACUAUGAUCAACUACUUGCCAAGCCGCCGAAUAAGCCUGAUGCCAUAUUUCAUUGGCACCAGGAUUUGGCUUACUGGCCGAUAACAAAGGAUACCAGGACUGCAUCAUUUUGGCUUGCCAUUGACAACUCCACAGUUGAAAAUGGGUGUCUGCAUUUUGUUCCAGGGUCACAUCUGGAACCAGAAUUGCGAGACCAUUGUAUUCUUCAUGGUGAUCGUAAUAAGUCCCAUACAAUUUCAGCCAAGCUUUCUGAAAAAGACACACCCAAACCUGCAGAAUUAAAGCGUGGGGAUGCUACUGUGCAUCAUGAACGGGUAUUACAUGGAUCAGGUGGCAACUAUAGCAAUUCUAAUUGGAGAAGAGCAUGGGUUAUAGCAUUCAGAUCUCAAGAAACAGUUGAGGAGGAGCGCAGGAGAGGUUUUACUCAUUCUCACAAUGACCCCCUAGAGGUGUUAAAUGCUGUGGGAAAGAAGAAUUAAAGAAUUUAAUAGUUUGAAGUUUGCAUGUCAUGGAAUAUCUUUGAUGUUAGUUCUUUAAUGUAAAUUCUGCACCUGUCAUUUUCUGAAUGACUUGAAAUAAAGUAGAAUAGCUCUAAAUGAUACAUCGGAUUGAAAUGAAACAAAUUAUGAAAAUUAUGUUGCAUAGUACUUGCAGGAAACUAUAUGGUAGAGACCCUGUAAUAUUUCUUUGAAUGUUUUUACCAAAGCAUGCUAUAAUGAUAUAUUCAUUGGGUUUUUCUUUGUUA